UUGUCUUUACUGUCGGAGAAGACGGACCGAAAAACCUGUCGCACGGCAUGAUGGCGCUGCUCUUGGAUUCUAGACUUCUACUAAGAAAAGUUAAAGAUUUAAGGUGUUUAACGCCAAGAAGAAACCGAGUGAAGGAAAAAUGGGCUGUCACACGUACCAAGCACCCUCCCACCAGUCUGGCCCUGCAGCACUUUGAUGCCACCUACAGCGUCCAGCUGGGGCAGCUGUGGCCAUCGGUCCGGGCCGCUUUGCUGUCCGAGAGGAAAUACGGCGCCCUGCUCAAUCAUUUCUCCCAUGAUGCUGUUCUGGCAGACCUCGAAGCCCAGGGAUGCAGGGACUUCGUCAGUGACACAGCUACAGAAACUCCGCCAUGCUUGGAGCAGGAACCUGAGGUUGCCACUGAGGAGGAAUCUGUUUCCAUGAAGAAAUGUGACAGCGAUAGUCAGCAGCGACCUCCUCUACAGCUCAGUCCUAACAUCAAGUGUCUGGUGUUUCCAAGAGGGGAUAUCACAAGAUUCAAGCCUGCUAGACCGGACAUGUGUGGCUUAUUGGGUUACUAUCUGAUGGACGCAGCGUCUGUGUUGCCGUGUCUGGCGCUUGAUGUCCAAGAAGGACACAAUGUGCUCGACCUGUGUGCUGCUCCUGGAGGAAAGACCCUGGCUUUACUUCAGAGCCAGGCUAUAGGUUUUUUGUGCUUAAAUGACGCCUCGGUGUCUCGGACGUUGCGACUGAGAAAAGUCCUCCACAGCUACGUUCCUAAGCCGCUUUUGACGGACGAGAAGCUGCGCGUCACCUCUUUUGAUGGCACCAAGUGGGGGGAAAUCGAAAGGGACACCUUCGACAGAGUCCUUGUUGACGUCCCCUGCAACACAGACAGACAUUCGCUCAUGGAGGACGACAACAACAUCUUCAGUAAGAGCAGGACCGGUGAGAGGCGGAAGCUGCCAGAGCUGCAGCUGGAGCUGCUGCUGGCGGGAAUCGAAGCCGCUUGUCCAGGUGGGGAGAUCCUUUACUCCACCUGCACACUCUCUCAAAUCCAGAACCUGGCUGUGGUGGAACAGGCCGUCUACUUGGCUCGAGAGAACCACGGCAUCCAGCUUCAGGUUGUUGAUCUGCGACCCCUCACACACAUGUUUAGGAACACCUUUCACUUUGCGCCAGACCUCCCCCUGGGUGAGAUGGUCAUCCCACACUUAGCCGCCAACUUUGGCCCCAUCUACAUGUGCAAGCUAAGGCGGCUGACAUAGACUGUGGACUGAUGCUGAAGCUCGUGGACAUUUGGAUGACUGUGUUGCAGCUUUUAUGGACUAAUGAGACGAUCCUCCCGACUCAUGUUAUGUAUAAAGCGUAGCUGUUGGACCACAGCUGAAGGAGAACUUUUAAUCGUGGUGGUGGAGUGCUGAAUCACUGGACUGUCGUUGGUGAAAUGGGACAGAAAACACAAAGAAUCCAGUUAAAGGACCUGGACCGUGACAAUAUUGGGGACAUAUCACCACGGUAUGAUCACAGUUUGGCGGUUAACCGCAAGCCCCAUACCCCAUACAUAGUAUACAUGAUAUGUACCCCUGCUGUAGAGCAACAGAAUAAUCUCUAAUAAAAACAAAGGACAUAUGUUGUGUUUCCAUUUCUGCUCAGUGUGAGAGUCUUUACUGGGUUUUGCUGUAGUUACGGUUGCGCUGCUUUCUCUCCUUACCUUUUGAUCUGUUGACACUGCAGCAAAAUUCCAUCCAUUUCAGCUGAGAACAAAGAAAUGUCUGGCUAAGUCCUUCCCUUCCUAGAAAUAAUUCAUAAAAAUCCCCCAUCUAUCUAAUGGACUGUCAAAGUGUGUGCAAAGCGGUAGUGACGAUCAGCUUAGUUUUUUUAUUUUUUUAUUAUUAUUGUCUCCAUAAUCUCUUGAAUAACAGGAUAGAAGAAAGCCAAUGAUGAUAACUUAACAAUUAUUAAUGUGUUCCCUAAAUGUCAUAUCACAUGACAUAUGCGCUCUUGUAACUUUCACCAGCAAAAAAAAAUGAAAGAAAUCGAUCUGGAAAUCGUCACGCAGACCUAUGGACAGCAUUGAACUGCAGGGCUUUAUGACAACCUACAGGAGUGCCCUAUUUCAUUUAGGGGAUUCUUGGUUCAACAUUUCUUUUGGACUAAACCAGCUUUGCAAUGUGUCUUUUUGAAUGUUGUUUUAUGUUGGCCCUGUAGGUGGCAACAGUAGCUAAAGAUCAAAGGGAUCCUGUAUAUUCUGUGCCCACUAGAGGACACUAAGGACAUGUCUGCAAAGGUUUUCAGUUGACAGGAGCUCCAGUAUGUAUAUGACUUUAGAGAUCACAUUACUGAAGCACACAUUUCCCUCAGAAUUAACUGCUCUCUUUAACUCUCCAAUGAAAAUGGGUUUGGCUUGUUCUAUGGUUAUUCAUCAGGUCUGAUGGCUUUGCCUAAUAACGCGGUAUGUGGCUAUGUGGAAGCAGGGCAUAAUGAACAGGCAGGUAAUAACUUAUUUGACCAUUUGGCAUUUUCACAUCUGAAUCUGUGCAACUUUCAUUAUUAUAUCUGGAUUGAGUCUGUUUUGCAUUGACAUCAGCUAGCGGUGAAAUGUUUCCCACUAUCACUGCCUAAUGAGAGUGGAGAGGUGCCUCUUUUUCCAUCACACCGCCGAUGACCCUUUAUGUUGUCCUGACCAGGCAAUGUAGCGUGAAAAAGGUGUGUGUGUGUGUGUGUGUGUGUGUGUGUGUGUGUGUGU